AUGAAGUUAGGAGAGUCACUUGAGGAGAAGGUGGAAGAGUUGAAUAGAGACGAUGUCAAAUUCCACCAUUUACUAAAGAAGGGAAGAAAUUUUCACCCUAACUUGAAAGUGGAAGACCAUCUCCAGAAGAUUGAGGAAAACCAUUUCCAUAAGAACGAAGAAGAGUACGAAGAUCUUCAUCUUGAAGUUGUUGAUAUACCUAAAGAUGAAAAGGACAAGCUAAUCAGCAAUGCCAAGGUUGUGAGGAUUAUUCGCUUUGCUUCACCAGCUGACAUAGUUUGCUUAGUGAGCUCAUGCGAAACUGCAAAAGAAAUAUGGUAUAGGCAUAGAGAAUUAUACUCAAGCGACGCUGAUCUUGAACACUCCAUCCAGACUCUGUUACUUUUAGAGUUUGGAGCUUUCGUUCAGAAGCCUGAGGAGAAGUUAGACCAAACGUUCAACCGUUACAACCAUCUAUUGAGCGGGAUGGUGAAGCACAAGAUCAAACGUGAACUGAUAGAGCAGCGGGUAACAUUCAUGAAUGGGUUAAGAUCUGAGUGGAAAGUUAUGGUGUCAACGGUUAAAGCACACAAGCAGUUCAAAAAUUACUCAUUGGCAAAGCUCGUUGGUAUUCUGAGGUCACAUGAGGACGAAGUGACCAGUGAAGGAAAAUUCGUUUCUAGCAUUGGUUCGUUAGCUGUUGUGGCAAAGGGAAAGAAAGUUGAUGACGAUGGUUCAGAGUCUGAUCUCUCCGAUUGUGAACUCUCUAAGGCAGAUUAUGCUAUGAUGGUGUCCGACCCCAUGAGGUUCGCAAAGAAGAAUUUUGGUUGCAACAAAAACCAAAACUGGCAAGGAAGUUAUAGUUCUGAGAAAGUGAAGGAUGAGAGUGCGAACAACUCUCAAAAGGAAAAAACAAAGAAAGAAAAGAAGUUUGUAGGCGAAUCCGGCUAUUACUGUAAUUAUUUUCAUGGCAAAAAUCAUCUAGCAAACGAGUGCAUGCUAAGACGAAUGAAUGAAAAAAAGGAAGAGGAGGAUGAUGAGGCUUAUUUACUCAUAAAGUUGGAGGAAAUCAAGAAGAAAAAAAGUGUUGAUGACGUUAAACCUGCUUUAACUGUGCAGGAACAGGAUGAUGAGUUUGGUAGAGUCGAAGUGUGGGCAACUGACUCUGAGGAUGGAGAGGUUCAUAAACCAACUCACGGGAGAAGUUUCGUGGAAAAAGGUGAUGUUUCGCAGUCCAAUGCAAGGUAUUGCAUGGUGACCAAUGAAGUUUCAGAGCUUAGAGGAUACGCUACUGAAGGCGUACGUGUCUUUGAUAAUUUUUUCGCUCCGAAACUUGUUCCUGUACAGAUCAACGAGUGUGAGAAGGUGAUAAACAAGUUACAUCUUGGUUGUGAAAUUGGAAAGAAAAUUCAUAAUAUGAUUUUACCCUUUCUAGAAUUGAAAAAGGAUGAAAUCGAUGCAGAUUGUUACAAGUGCGAAUCCAUUGUCUCAUCUGACAAAGUCUCAGAGGCUUAUAGAAUAGGACUAGAAAAAAUGGAAUCUUACAUACAGUCCAAGUAUCACAAAAAUAUGUUGAAACAAAUUUUGGAUGAAAAUGACAAAAAGAAAAUUAAAUAUUAUAUUGUACAGAUGUUUGACUCAUUAAACACUAACUUGAGUUCAGAAAGUAAACUUGAUGUUGAAAAUACAUUUGAAUUCGAUGAUAAUAGUGAUAUGUGUGAAAUCUCUGUGGAGGAUGAGGUUGAUUGCUCAGAAUUUGUUAAAAGCGAACCCGAACCUACGAAAGUCUUAAUUUCUGAAAAUUCAGUUGAGUUUGCACGUUUUUCUGAAGUUAAAUCAAAAGUUUUAAAAGAAAAAGCAACUGUUUUCCGAGAGUUGAUUCGUGACAAGCAGUUUGACUUUGAAUGGUAUAUUAAUAGUGGUUGCUGGCGUCACAUGACAGGAAGGAAGGAAGAACUGCGAGAGUUUAAGGCAUUAAAAGAUGGUGGAAGAGUGAAAUUUGGAAAUAAUUCACUUGGAGAAAUAAAAGGGUUAUGGAAUGAUCACAAAUGGGGACUUUACCAUUCGCAAAGUCGCAUACGUGGAAGGUGCUUCAUCUUUAACUCUAAGGAACAAAGGAACAAGUUUGAUGCGAAAACUGACGAAGGAAUUUUCUUGGGGUAUUCUUUAACGUUGAAGGCAUAUCAGAUUCUAAACAAAAUAUCAAAAGGAAUCGAAGAGACCUACUAUGUCGCGUUUGAUGGCACUUAUCUUAAGAAGUAUCAAAAGGUCGACUCCCGAUCAGAGGAAAUUUUCCCGUCAAAAAUCCAAUGA